CGGAAGUCGUAGGAGGAAUUGAACUGUGAGACACCGGAAGAGCUGGUCGGUUUUGGUGACGCUGCAUUGGAGAGUCGUCAUGGAAUCAUAUCGGCUGCUCGGGUUGCUGCUGCUGCUGGUGGUCGGAGGACAGAGCCUGACCCCGGCCCACCACCUCUCCCUGGCCGACGUGGCCCGCCUGCAGACCGCCCUGAGCCGGCCCUUCUCAGACCUGCAGGCCGCCUACCACUCCGUGCUGGGGCUCACCCGGCUGGGAGCCGCGGUGCCCGACCACAAGGAAAUUUGCCGGUACCUGAAGUCUCAGCUUGACCCCACCAGUAUUGACUCUCUCUUCUUUGCUGCUGAAACCAGCAAAGCCAUUUCAGGAUGUGAGAUCCCUGUGUCCAAUGAAACGCGUGACCUCCUCUUGGCAGCGGUUAGUGAAGAUUCGACCAUGUCCCAGAUCCAUCGGGCCGUGAGCGCGCUCAGCUCUCUGGGUCUUCCUCACGCUUUCCAGGAAGUCGUUGGUGCUCUGACCGCUCGGAUCAACAAGGAGGACAAUGUUAUGGCAAUCAUUCUAGCUCUGCAAACAGCGUCCCGCCUUCCCCAGCAGGCAGAACUCGGAGGAAUACUGGAGGAAAUUGAGGAUCUGACGGCGCGUCUCGAUGAUCUGGGUGGGAUCUACCUCCAAUUUGAAGAAGGACUCGAGGCAACUGCUAUGUUUGUAACUGCUGCUUAUGACCUGUCGGAUCAUGUGGAUGUGGAGCCCCCUCUGAAGGAGGACCAGGUCAUCCAGCUUGUGAACGCUAUCUUCGGCAAGAAAUCCUGGGACUCUCUGGCUGAAGCCUUCAGCGUUGCAAGUGCUGCACACGCUUUGUCAAACAACCGGUUCCAUGUACCAAUCAUGGUCAGUGCUCAGGGCCCGGCCACCGUGUCCCACAGUCAGCCAACUCUGCAGCUCCUCGUUACUGAUGUCAUGUCUCAGUCUCUGGCCUCGGUCAAUGUGCUGGUGGAAUCUGCACAAUCUGUGGCCUCUAAGAGCGUCAUCCUCAGCAAAGCCCCUUUCAUUCUCAACGAUGGUGUCUUUGAGCUGAACUUCAUGUCCAGCCAGCCGGCCAGUGGAUAUUACCAGUUCACAGUUGCAGUGACCGGGGACAGUCGGCUGGUCGCCAACCAUGUUGAGCUGAAGGUAAAGGUGUCCACGGAGGUUGCGAUCAGCAACAUGGACCUCUCUGUGGUGGAUAAGGACCAGAGCAUCGGCACAAAGACCACCAGGGUGGACUACCCCUCCAAAUCCAAGAGCAGCUUCACAGCCGACAGCCACCAGAACUUUGCCAUGGCCUUCCAGCUGGUUGACGUCAACAACGGGCUGCAGCUCACGCCACACCAGACUUUUGUCCGACUGCACAAUCAAAAAACUGGCCAGGAAGUUGUGUUUGUGGCCGAACCCGACAGCAAAAAUCUGUACAAGUUCGAGCUGGACACCGCCGAGCGCAAGUCUGAGUUCGACUCCACCUCUGGCACCUAUUCCCUCUACCUCAUCGUAGGAGACGCCACCCUGGAGAAUCCCAUCCUGUGGAACGUGGCGGAUGUUGUUCUGAAGUUCGUGGAUGAGGAAGCCCCGGCUGUUCUUCAGUCCAAGACUCUUUAUGUACCCAAACCAGAGAUCCAGCAUUUGUUCAGAGAACCAGAGAAAAAGCCUCCAAAUGUGGUUUCCAACACCUUCACAGGUCUCGUCCUGUCUCCACUGCUGCUGCUUCUCAUCCUGUGGUUCAAGCUCGGAGCCAACGUCUCCAACCUGAGCUUCUCCCCGAGCACCAUCCUGUUCCACGUGGGACACGCAGCCAUGCUGGGUCUGAUGUACGUCUACUGGACCCAUCUGAACAUGUUCCAGACCCUGAAGUACCUGGCAAUCAUCGGCGGGGUGACGUUCCUCGCCGGGAACCGCAUGCUGGCCCAGAAAGCUGUGAAGAGGAUUGCUGCAGAGCAAAGUAGUAGGUUGGCAAAGUAUAGGAGCCUCCGUUAAAGCCCCCCCUUUUGUAACAAAUGAAUCGGCUCUGCUUCCUGGCUGAAAAUGGAGAAAAAAUGUUAGUGAGAAAGUUCAACGAAGACACUGACAUAUUGUUUCAAAUGAAAUCAGAUUGGUUGAAAAUGAAAACUAAAAAAAAUGGCACAGAAGUUCGGGAAUCCAAUUGGUGGUUUAAAGCGUUUCCACACGGGAGGGAUGGAGACAGCGGCGUCUUGGAGAGACUGGGCAAACACCGGCAGAUUCUCCUGCAGGGGAUUGUAAAGCUACUGAUCAUUGCACUUCACCUUCCUGUGAGAUUUGUUUUUCUUUUUGUCCAACACGGCAACAGUUUCUAAGUCGGCUCAGAUUUUUUAUUUGUGGUUUCUUGAUGAAAUUUGGGUUUUGUCAGGUUUUUUUUGUACAUUCCUCUUGUUGCUCAUCAACCAUUUCACCUCUUGAAGAAGCUCAUUUCUCAGCUGAUCUUCAGCCAUCAGCAGCGGCACUGACACUUGACCAUUACUGAUGAUGAUGCCAACUCGUCUCUUAUUAGACACAGAUUAUGUCCCUGAAGAAAAACUGUUAAUAAUUAAACUUGGUUGUUUGAGAAUGUCAUGUUUUGGUAAUGAAGAGGUUAAAAUAAAGCAGUUGAGGUGA